AUGAACGCCAGCCUGCCAAAAGCUUGUCCAUUUUUGUUUGAACUUGAAGUCUGUGAAAUAGUCAUUCCACAACAGCUAUUUGCUUUAUUUAAUCCUCCAAUUUUCCAGAUUCAUGAAUCCACACCCCCACCAUUACUUAGUUAUUGUCAUUCUUGCUACAAAAAGAAGGUGAGUAAUCAGUUUCCUUUGCCUUAAGAUACUAUUUAUCAUCCUCAGAUAAGUUCAGCAAGGCCACAAUAGGAGCGAUUUUUUUUCUUGCUUUACUGUUCUAUUUUAUUUUUAAACCUUUUUUCUUCACUUUUCAGCCAAAAAGGCUUCUAGAACAGCUUAUAGAUAUAUAUGUUUUAUUUCAAUUUUUUAAAGGCAGAUAAAGUGAUCCUUCAGGUAAGUCGUUAUAGGUCAAAAGCAGCACUUUGAGCUGUGUUCAGAAAUAAAUAGGUAGCCAGUGCACACUAUGCAAAAGCCUUUGACUGUGUCGACCACAGCAAACUAUGGCAAGAUCUUUAAAAAAAUGGGAGUGCCUGAUCACUUCAUCUGUCUCCCGAGAAAUCUCUAUGUGGGACAAGAAGCUAUAGUUAGAAUUGAAUAUGGAACAACUGAUUGGUUCAAAAUUGGGAAAGGAGUACAAUAAGGCUGUCUAUUGUCUCCCUGCUUAUUUAACUUAUACGCAGAAUUCAUCAUGCAAAAGACUGGACUGGAUGAAUUCCAAGCCGGAAUUAAGAUUGCCAGAAGAAAUAUCAACAACCUCAGAUAUGUAGAUGACACAACCUUGAUGGCAGAAAGUGAAGAGGAAUUAAAGAACUUUUUAAUGAUGGUGAAAGAGGAGAGUGCAAAAUAUGGUCUGAAGCUCAACAUCAAAAAAACUAAAUUCAUGGCCACUGGUCCCAUCACCUCCUGGCAAAUAGAAGGGAAAGAAAUGGAGGCAGUGAGAGAUUUUACUUUCUUGGGUUCCAUGAUCACUGCAGAUGGUGACAGCAGUCACGAAAUUAAAAGAUGCCUGCUUCUUGGGAGAAAAGCAAUGACAAAUCUAGACAGCAUCUUAAAAAGCAGAGACAUCACCUUGCUGACAAAGGUCCGUAUAGUUAAAGCUAUGGUUUUCCCAGUAAUGAUGUAUGGAAGUGAGAGCUGGACCAUAAAGAAGGCUGAUUGCUGAAGAAUUGAUGCUUUUGAAUGAUGGUGCUGGAGGAGACUCUUGAGAGUCCCAUGGACUUCAAGAAGAUCAAACCUAUCCAUUCUGAAGGAAAUCAGCCCUGAGUGCUCACUGGAAGGACAGAUCCUGAAGCUGAGGCUCCAAUAUUUUGGCCACUUCAUGACAAGAGAAGACUCCCUGGAAAAGACCCUGAUGUUGGGAAAGAUUGAGGGCACAAGGAGAAGGGGACGACAGAGGACGAGAUGGCUGGACAGUGUUCUCGAAGCUACCAACAUGAGCUUGACCAAACUGCAGGAGGCAGUGGAAGACAGGAGUGCCUGGUGUGCUCUGGUCCAUGGGGUCACAAAGAGUCGGACAUGACUAAACAACUAAACAACAACAACAAUCACAGUUGGUACAAAAGUGGGGGCAACCUGAACCCUCCAUCUCACCCCUGUGAAAAGCCAUUUUCUUAAUGGAAGCCUACAACAUUUAUAUGGGUAGUGGCUUAGACUGAAAUCUACAUGGAAGAAUAGAUUUCUCUCUCUCUCUCAACUAACAUAUGUUAAAGGUAUUAUUUCAUAAAAUAUAUGUUUAUUGUGCAGUUAUCUCAGCCUGCAGGCUUAUAGUUCUCUAGUAUGUAUAAAACAGUACAUAACUAUAACCCACAGAGACUGCAGGUUUAUUCAAAUCCCUUGACUGUAAGGGAAAUACCAAAAUAGCAGAAUGUAAAUAGGAGGCUGUGUUAUAUGUAAUGACCUUAAAAUAUUUCUGUAGCAAACAACAGCACUUUUGUCUAAUUUUCAGUUUCAUGGGUUAUUAUCUCUGUUGAGAUUCUUGUCGAGUUAUUUACAUGGAAUUCUUCAGCUUUCUACAGCUUCAGCCAUACUUUCUGAAUAAAUCAUGCAACUUUAUAAAGAUGUUUAAAUCGCCAGAUGUAUUUUGGUUUCUCAGUAGUGCAGAUGAUGUACUAAGGCACAUCUGUUAAGGAACCUGUCCAGAGAAGAGCAAUUUUUCCCCUGUAGUGCACAUGCAAGCAGAAGAUUCUGCACAGUCUCAAAAGUCCAGCCUCGUUUCCCAAAGCCCAACCCUCACCUGUGGUUGAUGACCCUAUUUGUCUGGAAAUCAUAUCAUCAUAUUUCCUGCUCCCAUAAGCAAGUGUGUCUACAAUUCCAGUAACCAACGUAUUCUUCAGAAUGUGUUCGCCCUCCCCUUUUUAAUCUUUUGUUAGUCUGCUAAAUCAACACUCCAUCGAGGAACCAAAACAGAUGUCAAGCUUCUGAAUCUCAGGAGGUGUCAGAGAACUUUGUAAAAUAGCUAAAUAAAAUUUCACACCUGAAAACUAUACACAGUAACUUUCUUUUCCUCCAUUGUCAAAGUUGCUGAAGAUAGAACACUAGGCGUCCCAGCUAUCUAUCACACCAGUUUGACAUUUUCUGCACAAAUCAUUAACAUUUUUGUCUGUACUUGGUAGCAGGGAAGUUGCAUUACAAAUGAUGGAUCUUGGACCACUGUCUUCAAAUCACUUUUUCUGGAGAAAUCCCAUUGGAAUCAGGGCUGCAUCUGCCAUUAUAUUUCCCCGACUGCGUUUUACAAAUACUUGUGGGGAAGUAGCUCAGGAUGCAUAUGCCAUAAAAGUCAAUGACAAAUUUGAGAUAUAUGGAUUCAAAAAGAAAGUCUUAGAAGCUUUCUGAAACACGAGUUUCGGGCAUAAUUCUAAAACCCAACUGACACAGGAGCCCUAAAUAGUUACAUCCUCCAUGUGGCUAGAAGCCUCUGAGUGACUGUAAUAGCUCUUAGUUCUGAUAAGUGGUUAUGGUCACACACAAGCAGCACCUUUCUAGCUCUUUUUCAGUACUCUCUGCUUGUUGGCCCAUAAGCUUUGCGCUCUUUAGAAAUGUCUGGCUUCAAGAAGUGGCAGCCCAGAACAAGGAAGCAGGCUGGAAUGGGCUUUUCCCCCCCAGGGAGUGCAGGCCAUAUUAGUUCAUACAGUCACUAGAAGCUUUUCACUACAUGAAUGCUUCAUGUGGACUCCUAAUGAGCAGGCUUUAUAGUGAACCAGCAUUACAAAGAUGCACAUCCUCAGGUGUUUUCUGCCUACCUUUUGAAAAACUGAUGCAAGAAUAUUCACUUGGGAAGGCGUUCUACAACAGCCCUUUGUUUGAAAAUUGUAGAAAUGCAAGUCGUAAAGCCAUCUGAGAUAGUUUUCUAAAAAUGGCUCUACAAAUUAAACAAGUUCAUUACAUGUUAAGAAACUUGGUCCAGGACCUUAGCUGGUGUAUAUCAGGUUUGUUCUGUUGACAUCAGUAUUAAGGAUGCAAAUUUCCAACAGCUGAGAUGCUGGUCUUCUGCUUUUCUUUUUUCCAGGAGGACUCAUCACAAUAACUCCCAAGAGCGCUUAAAAUUGCUAAGGCAGCUGUGUGUUUACCUUAGGAAACAAAAAGGAAAUCAUUGAUAUUCGUGUAAUAACAUUCUCGUAGAAAUGUAACAGGAUAGUGUGAAAGUGUUUACACGGAGGGAGCAAGGCUUAGCUUCUCUUGACAUGUUGUGUUGUGUUUUUCCUGUUACAGCAGCAGAACAUAAUAAAGAGUUGGAUGCAUAUAAUGGACAUGCAGUCUGGGGCCUUUAAACAGAAAGUUUGCCUAAACCUAGUCAAAGUGUAAGUUCAUUUUCUUUUCUCUUUUUCUAAAUGCAUUUAAAGGAAUGCCAAGGGUGUGGGUUUUUCCCCUAUGAGGAUAGGUGUUUCUUUUGGGGAGUGGGGGUACUUUUGCUGCUGCAUUGUCCUCAGACUAAGCUGAGCAAAUAUUUGUCCAAAAUAUCUGUAUCAUAGAGUUGGUUGGGUCACUAAAAUGGUAUGACAAAGGCUUUAAAAGUCUUUAUAAAGUAUCUCAAGAUACUUCCAUCUUGACUGCUGGCCCAAGGGCUAUGACCUGAAGACACACGAUGCAUGAGUUUUGCUGAGGAAAAGCAUUUCUGGGUCUUUAGCAUGUGCACCAUCAGAAGUGGCUAGCUGAGUGGGGCUAGCUUCCCAGCAGGUGGGUCACUGUUGCUUAUCAGGAGGGAGAAGAGCGAGGUGGCAGAGAGGUUGGUGCAGUGCAAAUGCACUGGUGAAGUCAAUCUGGAGCGCCUGCUAGAGUGUUUGCAUUGCACCAACCUCCCUGUCCCCUCUCCCUCUCUGCUUGUCAAAUGAUAGCACUCAGCCACUUCCAAAGAUUCCGGUACACGUGGCAGUAUAGCGUAGGUCUGCAAACAUAAUUCUGGAUCAAGGACUGGGCUAUAAGGCUGAUUCACAUGUUGUUGACAUACAUCAUUUCAUAUAUUAUCCCUCAGUGACUCUCAGCUGGUUGUUUCUGUGGUGUUUGCUGAAAAGUAUUGGGCUUGAGGUGAUACAAGUUGAGAAAGAAGUGCAGCAUCUAGCCUCAGUGUGAUGACACUAAAGGAGUGUCUGACCUUUGAGCUGCCUCUUCAGAAUGUGAUGAGGGCAAGGGCACGGCCCCAUGUGGUUGUAGAUGGGCUUGCUCCUAGGUGAGAGUUUGGAGCAGCCUGCAGUGAGGGAGUUUUGAGUUAAUAUGGCCUCCAAGAGGCAGGUGAAAUGGCAGGGAGGUGUGGGUGGGUGGUAAUUGCAUGAAUACAGCUCGCAAAUAUUAUUUGUGGGUAUCUGAUGAUUGCAUUGUUUUAUAUUGUUUUGAUUUAUUUAUUGUACUUACAUUGUUUCUUUUCUGUUAAUAUGCUGUUCAUGGCUUUGGGAGCCUGUGAGUUCUAUGGUGUGGAGUGGAGGUAUAAAUAUAAUAAAUAAAUUAAAAUAGGUUAUUCAGCUUGUUUUUAACACUAGACGUAUUUUUAUGUAGAAACUCAAGAUCAGAGUGGCUAACCAGUGGUCCUCCAGAUGACUCCAGCUUCUAUUAGCCCCAACCAGCAUGGUCAAUGGUCAGGGAUGAUAUGAGGAAACACUCAUAGAGCUGUACUGCUAAUUAUAUAUAUAUAUAUAUAUAUAUAUUCACAUUAGCAAACAUAAGCUACUGUGUGUAAUAAUUUCAGUAGCUCUUUUUUGAGUAGGACAUUGAAAACCUUAAAUACUAAGAAUAUAAUAAACUAAAAAGGAUAAAAAGUAAGAAGCCAAUACAGGCGUACCUUGGUUUUCGAACAGAAUGCGUUCCGGAAGUCUUUUCGACUUCCGAAACAUUCAGAAACCAAGGCAUGGCUUCCGAAUGCGCAGGCGCGCUGGAAACAAUAGUGGAAACCUCAUCGGAUUUUCAGCUUCCCCCAAAAAUGUUCAAAAACUGCAAGCAAUUUCUGCAAGCAAUUUCCCCAAAUGUAAAACAAUUCUGAUGUUAGUUUCACUAAUAUCAUAUGCAUUUUUGUGCUCCUUUUCUGAUAACGCGUGCAUUUUGUAUACAUUAUAUGGCUGGAGAACUGCAUCAGAAAAUUCAUAGAAGGGCGAAUUUCAAAAUAAAUGGUGUUUUCAUUAACAUAUCAUUUUGGGAGGUGUGAAAUAGGCAGAUUCACAUAAAAAUGUGGACCAAACAAAAUUUCACCCUCAUCCAUAGGUGAACCUAGGAAAAAUGUAUUCGUUGUAACAUUCACAAAGGGGUAUCUAGGAGCUUUUCACCAUAUAUUAAUAGCACCUCAAGCAUCUACUGAUUAAAUAGUAUAGAUGAAUAAAGCAGACAGGUCCCUGCCCGCAGGCUCACAGUCAAAUAAAGCAUGGGAAAAAAGGUUUAGGGAGCACGUAGCUACACAUCAUAGUGCGUUGGAUUUGCAAGGGGCAAGCAUUCAAGGAUGAAAUUUGAAUGGAGGGUUGUUCUGCACCACAAACAGCUGUGAUGAAUCCACACAAUGACAAUAGGCUUCCAGCUAUAAUAAGAGGCCCUCCAACAUGGCUGCAAAUCCACAGACAUAACUUAAUUCCUUGUUCUUUUCUGGGCGGCAGAAAAGUGGUGGUUCUAGGCCGGAUGAGGUGAUGAGUUUUUAAGGAACAAUAAAGGCAAAUGACUCAGAAAAUAUAAUUACCCUGGUUUUGGAAAUUGCAUUGGAGGAAACAGGGGUCAUUUUUUUUGCCUUUGUUUCUGUGGUUUCCUCUACUGGAAAAUAUUAAAUAGCCGUAUGACAGUGCAAUACGGUGAACGCCUGCUCAGAAGUAAAUCCCACUGUGUUCAAAGGGUCUUACUUCUUCCCACUGUGGUGGGAAGGUAAACGGCGUUUCCGUGCGGUCUGGCUUCCGUCAUGGUGUUCCGUUGUGCCAGAAGCAGUUUAGUCAUGCUGGCCACAUGAUCUGGAAAGCUGUCUGUGGACAAACGCCAGCUCCCUCGGCCUGAAAGCGAGAUGAGCGCCACAACCCCAUAGUCGCCUUUGAUUGGACUUAACCGUCCAGGUCUCCUUUACCUUACCUUACUCCCAGAUAAGUGUAUUUAGGGUUGCAACCAUAGUUUCCUAAGCCACACCUUUUAAUUGGGUUUUGUUUUUUGUUUUGUUUUGCCAUGAAGCCACACAUCUCUGCAUUGUUCCUCAAACUGAAGAGUCCAGGAAUAUCUUCCUUCAUCUCUUUGGGUGGUAAAUUCUUGCAACCCUAAGAAAACACAAAGGACUCCACAGAGGGCCUUGAUUUCAACAGGCCGCAUAGAGGGAGUCGAACUCUGCUCCAUGCCCACAAACGUGAACAAGGUAUAAUAACCACUGUGGUUGUCAAGGAUUACCUUUGGUAUUGUGGUUAGCACAUAUCAGCACUCAGCUUGGCGAGCACUCUGGUAGGUGACUUGAUCUACAGCGUGAGACCCCAUGGCUUUCUGAGGUUCUUAAUUGAACCCAGCCUUGUGGCUGGACACUUUUCAUCAAAUGUGUCGGCCACCUGUGCAUGCAGCAGGAGAAAUCCAAGACACACUAAGAUUCAUCUCACCCAAACCAGAAUUGUUUGUCAGACACCAUGCCUGUCUGGGGAGAAAAUGAAAUUGAUGGCACACAGCUAGAUUCCACAGUAUUCUUUCAACAGAACAUCACAGGGAAACAAUACCACAAGCAUCCAUAAUGUAUAAAACAUGAAAAGGAGCAGAAGGAAUAAACAUGUCUCAAAAUGCACUUAAUCAAGCCAUCCUCUUACUGAAACCAGUAAUUAUUCUGGAUUAUGAGAGAGAGAGAAAGCUUGCAGUAUUUGGAGUUUACGAAACUGUUAAAGUCAUGAGAGCUUAAAGAGAAGUUGAGGGACAAGAGGACAUCCUCUCCUUUAUUUAUCCCAUUGUUAACCUACCCUUGCUUGAAGGAGCUCAGGGUGGCUUAUGUGGAGCUUAUUUUGUUUUCAGCAACCUUGUGAGAUAGCGUAGGCUAAGAGAUAAGUAUUUUCCCCAUGGUCACCUAGUGGGCUUCAUGGCUCAGUGUGGAUAUGAACCCAAGUCUCCCCAGCAAAAAUCUAACACUCCACCCAUUAUACCACACCGGUUCACUUUGGAAUAGCUAAUUGAAGGAGAUGUGCCCACCUUCAUAGUUGUCUGGCCAAACUCUAUCAGACUUCUCCAUAAGUAAUUCUUCCUAGGCAAUUACCCACACAGUAAAGCCUAUGGUAUCUGAAAUUAUACAGCAAAAUAAGCAAAAUUAUACCAGUUAUACUUAAUCCCUAUGGGUAAGAUUCAUUUAAGAACUGAUAAUAAGGAUUGUGUGCAUUCGCCAUAUGGAACUUUAAAAUAAUAACUCAAAAGGCUUGAGUUCCCCCCCCCAAAAAAAAAUAUAUAUAGGGCCAACAGGAUUUUCUAGGUCUCUACUUGACAUCUCUCUUCUGCCCAAUGUUCAGUUUCUUUCCAGAGACUUUUUUGGACUAUACACAUUUUGCAGAGUCAUAGAAUUGAUGAGUUGGAUGGGACCAAUUCCUGCAAUGCAGGGAUCUUUUUGCCCAACAUGGGGCUCAAACCCACAAUCUUAAGAUGAAGAGUCUUGUGUGCUACCAACUGAGCUAUUCAAAAAAGUAAAAUGUAUAUGCACAUUCAGAGAUUGCUGCGGGUCCCCUCUUGACCACACACAAUUCAAAGUGUUGACCUUUAAAGCCCUAAACAGCCUCAGCCCAGUAUACCUGAAGGAGCGUCUCCACCCCCAUUGUUCUACCCGGACACUGCGGUCCAGCACCGAGGGCCUUCUGGUGGUUCCCUCACUGCGAGAAGCUAAGCUACAGGGAACCAGGCAGAGGGCCUUCUCAGCAGUGGAGUCCGCCCUGUGGAAUGCCCUCCCACCAGAUGUCAAAGAGAAAAACAACUACCUGACAUUUAGAAGACAUCUGAAGGCAGCCCUGUUCAGGGAAGUUUUUAAUGUGUGACAUUUUAAUGUAUUUUAAAUCUUUGUUUGAAGCCGCCCAGAGUGGCUGGGGAAACCCAGCCAGAUGGGCGGGGUACAAAUAAUAAAUUACUAUUACAGAAACAAACACUUCCAUAUAUGCUGCCCAGUAUGGGGGCCAGCACAUCUUCCUAGAACUCAAGACAAGUACGGUUGUCAACACAGAAAGAAUUUCGGUCUACCUGCCUGUGGAGUUUGUGGGCUAGAAGAACUUUAUGGAAAUACCUCAGGUGCUUAAGCUAUCUAGGUGCUGCAAAUGUAUAUUUUAAAGUAUUAUAUUUCCCCCCUUGAUUUCCUUGGUUUUAUCUUUUUGUAAACCACCCUGGGGUUUUUUUAAUUAUUUUUUACAAUCACAUGGUAUAUAAAUUUAAUGAAAUAAUUAAACAAAAUAAAUGCAUGGAUGUAUGAACCGCAAACACAAAAGCAGCCUAUAUCAUUCUACAGAUAAAGCUGGAAACAUCCCAAAGCCGCUAGCUAAUGCAACCUUGUAAAAUUCCUUCCUGGAUUAUAACUAUGCAUAUCAACUUAGUCCUGAGUAUACAAGCAAGACUGACCUCCAGCCAACACCAGGGCAUGAUGGUUUUUUUUUGGUCUGUUGUGAACUAGGGCUGGGCGGCAUCUGGUUUUCAACAUUGUGAUACAUAACCAGCUAAACAUUGUAAUAUGCUGGUAUAGCACGAUGUCUGAAAUAAGGAUGGAGCUGUGUAGAGGCAUUGGCUGAUUUCACGGUUUUCCCCACAUCAUGAGAUAUUUUUUUGCAUAGCGCACAAAAAAUACAUCAUGAUUCGUGAUUAUAUUGCUGAGUCAAAAAUGAUGAAACUGCUAUCACGAAACGGUUUUGGACGAUAUAUCUACCAGCCCUAUUGUGAACCAUCCUGGGAUGCAGGGCAGUAUGUAUACAAAUUUAAUGAAUUAAUAAUACUGAAGUCAGCAGGGCCUGGAUCUCCAGUAUCAAGGUGAAACAUACUGGUUUCUGGAAAUGCCCUGGGUCUUUUCUGGAGAAGGUCACCAUGAAGAGAACCACAAACAUAUUGUUGCAUUCUGCUUCAUUUUGGACUCUGGUGGCAUCUCAGUUCUUAGGCUGAAGUUCUGUUGUCCAUUAUUUAGUCCAUUGAAAUAACAAUGUGUAAUUAGACACAGGGCUGUGGCCUUAGUAAGUAUUUAGAAAACUUUCUAGCUAUGCAUGAAACAUCUACUCCUUAUGGUUCAGGAAUAUUAUCGAAACUAUUUGCCUAAACAUUAAUUCAAGAAGUAUUUCCUAUUCAUUAGUCUUCUGUUUAAAAUAUGCCAAUCACCCUCCAAAGGACCAGGAACAAUAGUGUUGGACAAAACACAAGUAACAAGGAGCAAAUGGUUUGAAGUAAACAUUUCGCACACGCAAAAACAUUCCGAAACUCAGCUUCACUGGCUAUUUGGCUAAUAAACAUGAAUGAUGAACACAUUCAAAGAAACAGAUGAUGGUUUCCAUAAAUAUAUGAAGUGGAAAAUUCAUAAUGAAGCUUAAGAAUGAUUGAUUGCUUGACUAAUUAUAUUUUCUGCUAUGCUAUUUAUUUUAUCCCUCUGUGUAAAUUCACAGAAAGAGCACAAACAUAUAAAUAAUAUAACAUACGCCGGUGUGUGUGUGUGUGUGUGUGUGUCCAGCACUGUGGUCUGCAGACCACCCGUGGUCCAUAAGCGGUGUGUUUGUGAAGAACACUUUCAAUCUGAAUUUUAUGGAAUUCAAAUUGCAAUACAAUAAAAUACAACAGAAGCAAUAACAGAAGCAAUAAAAAAUUCAGCUGAAAAUCAUACAGCAUCUAGCACAGGGCAUUACAAUUGUUACAAGAGCCAGAUUUUUAUUUUUUUUUAAUUUAAAUGGUCCACUAAUACCCAGAAAAACUUUCAAGUCAUUUUUUUUGGGGGGGGGAGGCGAAGUUUGGGAACCAGAGGCAUAUGCAAAUUUAUCCCUGCGUAUAAAUUCACAGGAGCAACGGAAACAUCUAUUGAUUAACAGUGCUGGGUAUCUAAUGUAGCCAACAGUUUAUUCUAAACUGUGGUCACAAAUGGUUGCAAAUAGACUAAUUUAAAUGGUUAUCAUUUAACCAUUUAUCAUUUAUUGUCCAUUCUGGGUCUCCCAACCACUGUUAACAGUGUCCUUUUUCUUGGCAGAUCAAGAUGAACAGGUGACAGCAAAAGUUGCAAGGUUUUUAACCGGGCAAAUAGAAUUAGAUCCAUUUUUUGACUAUUGAUCCAAACCCCCAAAAUGUAUUUUAUAUAAUUAACUUUUUACCUUUAUCCUCCUGUAUACUGCAUUUUGUUUUAUUGCUGUGGCUGGUAGCUGAUGCAAUUAAAGAUUCGUUCAUUCAUUCACUCAUUCAUGGCUAGGAAGGGGAGAAUGGAUUUUUAGUUAAAAGUGAUCAUUUUAAUUAACUGGGGAUGGUUAGACUCCAUAGAUAAUUCAUUAGGCUGAAUGAUCUGAAGCUUCAUAACAGAUGGUUUGGUUUCAUGUUCCAAGCGAUACUGAAAGAUUUUUCCAAUGUCCCAAAGCUAUAGCCCAUGUGAAACAUAAUUUUUUUAUGUAAAUAAUUCUCCAGCAACAAAGAGGGAGAAUCACUGCAAGGACUGUGUGUAACGAGCUUGAUCUCUUACUGACAGCAAGGGCAUUUCAUGUCUGAAAUGCUGCAGAAAGCAAACAGAGCAAGGCUGAGCAGACUCACCCUCCAUGUCAGAGACAGAGUACCUGGAUAGAUUCAUGGGGUCUGUUGCGGUGGAAACGCAGAGUAUCACUGACCACAUAACUGCGGCAUGCAGUCCUAAGACCGCACGCAGCCAACUGUAAAUGAAACCGAAGGAAACAUAUUGCACUCCUUUCAACCAUUUAAACAUCCCUUUUUCUUGCCAAGUUGUGAGUAAGAUGGGCAUUGUCCUUGCUCAGGGGACGGGGUCUGCUGUCGCUCUCUGCAGCUCGCUCAUGUCAGCAAUCAAGAAAUACAAUAAGGGAUCCCUGUACAUUAGCACUUAAUUUAAGGUUAACAACUCCAAUUUCUGUGAGGUCAUCCCAGCCUCUCUCUUUUUGUUUUGCUUAGCCUGACAAAGACAGACUGAGUCCAAAGAAAAUGAUCAGUAACCAGUGUAGGCUCUGGUCCCAUCUGUACUAUACAUUAAAGCAGUAUCAUACUACUUUGUGCAGUCAUGGCUUCCACUAAAGGAUCUUGGGAACUGUAGUUUGUGAAGGGUCAGAAAGUUGUUAGGAGACCCCCGUCCCCAUUAGGUAAAGGGUAAAGGGACCCCUGACUGUUAGGUCCAGUCGCAGACAACUCUGGGGUUGCGGCCAUCAUCUCGCUUUACUGGCCGAGGGAGCCGGCGUUUGUCUGCAGACAGCUUCCGGGUCAUGUGGCCAGCAUGACUAAGCCACUUCUGGCGAACCAGAGCAGCACAUGGAAACUCCAUUUACCUUCCCGCCGGAGCGGUACCUAUUUAUCUACUUCACUUUGAUGUGCUUUCGAACUGCUAGGUUGGCAGGAGCAGGGACCAAGCAACAGGAGCUCACCCCGUCAUGGGAUUCGAACCGCCAACCUUCUGAUCGGCAAGCCCUAGGCUCUGUGGUUUAGACCACAGCACCACCCGCAUUUGUGAAGGGUGCUGAGAAUGGUUAGGCGACCCCUGUCCUCAUUACAGAGCUACAAUUCCCAGAGUUCUCUGGGAAGAGGGACUGGUUGUUAAAUAAUUCUGGGGAUUUUAGCUCUGGGAAAGCAAUAAGGUUCUCAUUACAACUCUCAGCACACUUAACAAACUGCAGUCCCUUUCUUAGCCCUGAGAGACACAUUUCCUUCUGUGUAACCUUUUUGGGGGACACAUGCUAGAGGUGGGCAAGGCCAGAGGCAAACAACAUAUAUGAAUUUUUACCUUUGCACAGUAGGCUGGCACUACAGACUUGCACACUCUUCUUUAUCCUUUAUUCGAGCAAGCAAGAAGCUUUACCACAGUUCAAGGGCUCCUGGCAGCCCCGAGAUCACCGGAUGAAACAAAGUUUUUAACUGAAGCUGUUUUUAACUGCAGCAGUAAUUUUUAAACUAUUUUAGAAAAAAGUGGAUUUGUUUGGUGCCGAGGAACAAUGGGAUAUAAAUUUAAUUUUAAACAGCUAAAUGAAAUAGUUCAAACAGGGUGUUGUAUGUUUUGAAGUAUUUCUCAAGAAGAUAAAUGAGUACAUAGGAGAAGUCCAAUUUCUAGCAGCAGCAAAUGGGAAAACAUCUUCUGUGUUUCUGUAUUCUUAUUUGAAUGAAGAAAAGUUCCACAUUCCGUGAGUUAUGUGAAAUCAGAAAAGGCUUAAAUAGAGUAAGUUAAGUUCAGUCCAGAAAUAUAUACCAAUAGCAAAGCUGGGAAUAUUUGCAUAAGCACACAGCUCUGCUACGUUUCAGUGUUGGUCACCUGGGGGUGGCAGGCUGCCAAGAAAUGUCUUUGAAAUCCCCUGUGUGGAUAGAGGUGAACUUUCUCCAGUGCUGCCGAACCUUUCAACCCCUGAGGUUAAGCAUAUGAUUGCAGCUGCAGCCAAGGAAGGUCUGCUGAAGGGGAUUGCAUAUGUGCCACAGGAGAUUUUCAUUUCAUUUCAAAGUGCUUUGUCAAACUCUUAAUAUCUGUGUCCAUCAAAAGGUGUGGGAUGGGGGGAAAGAACCAUUUAAAUCAUAGCAUUCUAGGUCUGAAAAAGGACCUGAGGAUAAUCUGGCCUAAACUCCUGUACUGAAGAAGAGUGAACCCACAUUAACUUGAUUUAUAGUAUGCCACAAAUAGGGAGGACAGAGGGAGGUACACUAAGCCAGAUGUGCACAUUCAGUGCUCAGGUCCCAAGCAUGCAAACAAGACACAAUCAUCAUUCCCUUUCCACCCACCCGAAGAAGGAAUGGUUCACUGGGAAGCUCUGUAGCAAUAUGGUAGAUUGGGUCCUCCCUUAAAGAGGGCAUGUAUUGCGGUGAGACCUGGAGAACUGAUACCCUGUGUUGUGGGUGGGUACAGUUGGUCAUCCACAACACCCGGUUGGUAGGUUCCUCAAAGCUGGGUACAAUCUGGCCAAUGGGACGCAGUCUAAACGGUUCGAGGGACCUAUUUAUGCCCAUGCACGUGACCCAGAGCUUCCUCUUUCGGCACGUGCAUUCGGCACGUACAUCCGCCCACUUCUCUCUACUUUUAGGGCUUUGCACUUGACCUUGCUAUGCCGUCAUGUGUCAUCUGUCAUUGGGACAGGGGCACAGCAGGAAUUUUCCCCACUUGGCUGAUUGGCUGUUGCCAUUUGGGUUUCGCCUUGUAAGGUUGCGGAUAGGCUCUGGUUCAGGUGAUAGGGAUGGGAGAACGCUCUCGCCAUCCCUAUGUGAAGGGUAUUCCGUUAAAGGAAUCCAGGGACUCGAUGGUUUGGUCAACCCCUGUGAGAGGGUUGUGCCCGUGCCUGAGUCCAGGGGGACAUUUGGGUGGCGGAGUUAGCCCGUGCCCGGCUUUCCACUUAUCCAGGUGUUUACCCUAGGCUUACCUAUGCUGGUCAGCGCUACAUGGAUGGCAGGGAGCUAGUCGAACCAGAGCCUAUGCAACCAGUCACUUUCUGUAAUCAAUAAAGUUGUGGCCUAAAGGUAAAGGUAAAGGUACCCCUGCCCUUACGGGCCAGUCGUGUCCGACUCUAGGGUUGUGCGCCCAUCUCACUUAAGAGGCCGGGGGCCAGCGCUGUCCGGAGACACUUCCGGGUCACGUGGCCAGCAUGAUGAAGCUGCGCUGGCGAGCCAGCGCAGCACACGGAACGCCGUUUACCUUCCCACCAAAAAACGGUACCUAUUUAUCUACUUGCACUUAGGGGUGCUUUUGAACUGCUAGGUGGGCAGAAGCUGGGACCGAAAGACGGGAGCUCACCCCGCUGUGGGGAUUCGAACCGCUGACCAUACGAUUGGCAGGUCCUAGGCACUGAGGUUUUACCCACAGCGCCACCCGCAUCCCUCUAAAGUUGUGGCCUAAAUUCUGCCAAAAACCAAAACUAAAAUUUGAGUCAUGUGUGAAUUUAUUUAAGGGGGAGGUUUCUGGGUCUGAACACGCAAUGCACAUACUUAAUAUGAAAAGGAUCCAAGACAGGUACAAACCCCAGCAUCUCCAGAUAGGACUGGGAAAGACUCUCUGCUUAAAUCUCUGGGAAGCCACUGUCAGUAAGCAUAGAGAAGACUAAGCUAAAAGGACCAAAGAUAUAAGGCAGACCUCAAGGGCCACCUCUCUCCAUAUGAACCUACCUGGACCCUGAGAUCAGCUUCUGAGGCCCUUCUUCAUGUGCCUCCUCCACGAGAGAUCCGGAGGGUGGCAACAUGAGAACAGGCCUUCUCUGCAGUGACUUCCUGUCUGGAAUGUUCUCCCCAGGGAGGUUCACCUGGCACCUUCAUGAUACACCUAUAGGCACCAGGCAAAUACGUUCCUCUUCAAUCAGGCCUUGGACAGAUUGACAUCCAAUGCCCUUUUAAAAUGUGUUGGGGAGGGAGGAAUUAUUGGGUUGUUCUUGGUGUGCUUUAUUGAAACAAGAUCAAAAUAGUUCUCAAUAUCUGCAGGAAUGCACAUUCUUUCAACUCAGGUUGGUUUUUACAGGGCUAAGAUUUCAAUCAGUGCUUUCAACAUACUUGCAUAUGACCAAGUAUGACCAAGUGUCAUCAAAUUCCAGUGGCUUGCCUGUAUUGUAUCAGUGGCAUUGUCCAACUUAAUGGUGUUCCAUGCUAUGUGUUUGAGUGUGCACUGAAUAAUGGACAGAGAUGGCAAUUUUUCUCACAUCCUUCUACAUUGCAUAUGCACAGGCCUUUAACUGAUAUUUCUUGCUUGUUAUCAGAGGAACAUGCAUAGUCUAGCUUUAUUUAUUUUUUUAAAUGGCCAAAGUUUUUAUUAGGUAGUUGCUAGUUGUUUAGAUAGUUCACUGGUCUAACAUAUGCUUAGUCAACAAACAAACUGCCAGUGUUAGGCAGAGUCACUGCUUUGUAUCGGUCUAUAGAAUGUGACUUGACUGGAGUGGAUUAAGCCUAAGAUGUUUGGUCCUUUAGUCACAUGGGUCAUAUGACCCAUACCUGUUUUCUUGAAAGAAAACAUAACAUCCUGUUUCAUGAGAGAAACUUCUCAAGCAACUUAUAAUGAAGUCAAGCCUAUCCUUUUCUCAUUUGUUGGAAAGUUCUCAGUGGCAAGAGUUCUCUAUUUGGCUGAGCAAGGAACUGGACAACUUCCAGAAUGUACUGAAACGUCAACUACAGUUAUCAAAGGCUGUAAUUAUACUUUCAUCAAAUGCUCUGGCUUGUCCAAAGGUAGUCAGAAUACAUUAAAGGAGACAAAUUUAAUUGACUCUAAUAAGUCCUGGCAUGAGGCUUAAUAAUAUUGUAUAGAACUCAUUGUCUUUGAUUUACUUCAUUGAGUUGUAGGCCUAAUCAGUCACCACAUUUUUGCGGAAAACUAAAUAGAGGAAUAUUGAAGAAUUAUGUAUCUUGGGUCUUAUGGAAUUUCAGAAUCAUGUUCUUCUAACCAGGUUCUUAGAAUCUAACUACAUGUCUCAGAGAAACUUGUAUAACCAACCCUUGAAAGCUGGAUUCAUCCUCCACUUCCUCUUCCUUGAAAAGCCUCUUCAAGAAGGGCCUAUCAAUCACAAAUCCAUUUUCCCCUUCUUUCUUCCCUCCCAAAAAUGAUAAACAUGGCAGAUAUUUGGUAGAUGUGCAAAAUCCAAACUACAUUCUCUUCUGUUCACAAGGGAGGUACAGAUAAGGUAAUUUAGUAUUGGAAUCAGAAAAGAACAAGUUCUCUGAGCAUCCUAGAUAGGAAUAUUGUAAAACACUGUAAUAUUUUGUGGCACUGGGGAGGCACUUUUGUUGAUUUCCCCCACACAUUUCACUUGUCUAAUUUUCACUUAGUCACACAACUCACUUUAGCUGGUCUCAGCAGUCGAGGAUGAAAUUCCCCCAAAACCUCACAGAUGAUUUUUCCCCAUUAAUAAAGCUGUGCAUAAGCCAUCAAUUUAGAUUGUAUCCUGAAGCCCAUGAGCCAAAUCUGGAAUUAACACAUCUGACAUUUUACAUCAAAUCUAUUCCAUAAUUGAAGCUGCACACCCACUGCAUGGCAUCCUGAUCACAGGGUUCUAAUUUUUCAUAUGUUGAUGCAAACAGGGUCUAAAAAAACCAUUUCAUGAAAAAUGAUCUAUACUUCCUAACAAAAUGUAAAUGUUGAACCUUUGGCCCAGGUGUGAUCCUAUCGUGGCCACUGGGUAUUUGGGCUUAGUCAUUAGUAAAAGCAGGACCCCUUUGUAAUCCAAAAUGGGAUGUAGAUGGAGUCCUUGAUGAUUAUUGCAGAAAGAGUGAUUUUAUCCAGAGCGGAAGCAAUGCUCUGCGAGCCACUUCCAGUUCUUUAAUCUGAUGUCAUGUUGGGUACUGCACGGCUGCCAAAGAAAGGCAAAGAAAGGCAAGAUACCAUAUUAUCCAGCUUCAAUAAAGACAUUAAGUGGCAAUUUAAAUCCUCCCAGCAGAGAUGAUUUGUGAUUUUGCAGAAAUGUAUACGGAAAGGAAAUGGAAUAGCUUAACAGCAGCUGUUUGAACUGCUCUGUCUUCUUCAUUUGGAAAAACAAAAGCAGCAAAAAAUGAAACCCUUGCUGCUUCCGAUAUAUUUUUUUCUUACAGCAUUUUUAGGUGAAAUCUUAGGCCCGCCACAAUCUUAAUUUUUCACAAUACUGCACACAAUCCCACUUGGCAAAUAAUCCCAUGGAGCUAUGAAUUAGAGCUGGAACAAAUGUGAUGGACUAUAAGCAGAAGAGACUGUUACCUCAUGAGACAUCCUCCAUCCUGCAGUGUCUGAGAUGUUCCAGACUGGAACAUGGCACAGAGUUUUCACAGCAGAGGCAUUCCUCUGAAGGACAUAGGCUGCUGCCUUAUAGUGAGGUACCGUUGGUACAUCUUCUGCAGGUUUAUGGUGCUGGGUGAUCCAUGAGCUAUCACAUAUGCAUCCGACAGGCAGCAGACAACUCACUGUCUCCCAAUAUCACAUUAUCCAGUGGUAGGCAAAAGAGUUUGCCAAUGCUGUUUUCCUUCCAAUGCAAUUGAGUGAAGACAUUUUAACAGUGCAGGGAUAUGCAUGUUUGCUUGAAUGUAUCUCUUGUAAAUGUCUGUUUAGAAUUGUGGCUGGAAACUCAUAACCCAGCAAGUGAAUUCUAGGUAUGAGGCCCAUUUUAGAUUUAAUUUUACUUGCUAAAGCUCUAGACACCAGGUUGUCCUUACAAAGUGUUUGGAUUUUCAGAAAAUUCACUUAGGUUAAGAUAUUUCAGCUUAAUGUAAUAUGCAGCAAAGUCUUUAGAACGCUGGCUAUUUAGUGUGAAUGUGCUGGAUCAUGUCAUUCCUAUUUCUGUAACCUUAUUAGUGCACAUUACCUGUCACUCAUUAACUCACCCCUCUGCUUAUUAUGACCCUUUCUUUCAGGCACCUUCUUCUCUGGGGUUCUGCCAUUUAGAUCCUCUAUUGCUGGCAUCACCUCUUAGCCAGUUUUCCAGUCCUUAGCCUUUCCCACACAGCUCGCGCGUCCAUAGGGUCCAUGUGAAGGAGACAAACAGAAAGUCUCCCUUUCUACCGGAAGCUGAAUUGUCAACAUUUCGUUGUUGACUGCUUUGUUCAUUUGAGCACUUGUACUGCUUGUGAACAUUCUGUGGCCUCACAGCAGCUCAGCCAAUUGAUGCCAGAGGCUUCACUGCUAUGAGUCUACAGGGGUUUCACACCAAAUGCAUUGUAAUGGCAUGGAAAAUCAAGCAUACCAUUUAAAAUGUCAGAAGGAAACAGGUUUCGACAUCAAGCUUGCGGAGGCUGAUUAGACACAGCAAGAGAGCUUUGGAAUGGGAAAGAUUUUAAAACAUUGUGAAAACUACCUUGAUGGUUCUCUUUUAAGUUUGAUGAAGUCCUGCAGCAUAACAUGGAAAUAUUUAUGUACUGAGGAAUUAGGCAAUGCCCUCUUUUUCCUUUCUCCCCUUGUCCUUUUGAAUUCCUAAUUGUUUUUGAACUCCUGACACAGUUAAUUAGACACUAAAAAACACAAAAAGAAUUCUUACUGGCAUUUGGCAAUCUGUAAAUUGUGUGUACAUGGGUCAUGUUUUGUUAACAAUCUACAAAGCCCCCUGUUCUCAAUUUUCUCCAUUCUUUCAUGCAAUAAUAGGUUUGGUUAAGCCUCCAGAUACAUGGUAAAUUGGAUAAAGUUUGAAGCUUUGACUCCUAAUGGCUUUUCUUGUAAAGAAAAGAAAAGAAAAGAAAAGAAAAGAAAAGGAGGAAGGAAGGAAAAAAGAAAGGCCAGCUUAUAUAUAAUUACUUCUUUUGUUCUUUUAGAUGGUGCAGAUUCAAGAUGAACUGAAUGAGGUAGAAUGUUUGGAGUGACAAUGAGGUUGUCUGGACCAUCUUUAUAUGUCGUCACAUCUGCACCAGAUGCACCAUGCACUUUACUGUCAUGGCUUCCCCCAAUGCAUCCUGGGAACUGUGCUUCCUUAAGAGUUGUUAGCAGAUCCCUCUUCCCCUCACAGAAUCACAAUUCCCAAGAGUUCCUUAGAAAGUUGGAUUGAUUGUUAAGCCAAUGAGAACAUUUUUAUUUAAAAAAGACAACCCAUUAAAAACAGCAAUAAUAUUUAAAAACAGCCACAUACACUCACAACUAAAAUAAAUUCAGGGUUGCUGGGAACAAUAUAUUUCAGACAUCAAAUCCCUGGGUGAACAGGGAUGUUUUAAAAGCCUUCCUCUUGAGUCCCAUAGAGGAAGAGUAGGAUGGCCAGACUUCACUGAGUAUGAAAUAGAGAUGGUGUCACAGGGUGCCGGCCAACAUGGUGGGCCUGCCAGUGCCUCCUGUGAUGUCUCUUCUGGUCUUGUCUGCACUGGCUGAGCAUCUCCUUCAUUGAAUAUGCUUCCUCAGACAGGUCCACCUUUCAGUGGAUUCCGUGAUUGGACACCCAUCCUUACUUGCCACAUCUCCCACAGCAGCUAUUUUAUGAAUGCUACCCAUAGCUAGGUUUGGAUGAGUCUUCCAAUGUUUGUUUCUCUCAAUUGGGGAGGGGGGAUAUUCAGUUCAGUUUUCCAUAUUUCCACAUUAGUUUGUUUGUUUGUUUAAAAAAGAAGUCCUCGUGAAAAUUCAUCAGCAUUUUAGUUCAAAUUUCUUCUAAUAUAUCCAUGUUUGUAUGCAAUUUUCCCCAAGGUAUACAUUUUUGCAUAGCAACUUUCCCUGAUACAACACAUUUUUGAAUGUUCUUUUCAUUUUUACACAAGCAAAUGCAUUUUUGCACAUGCUCAUUGACCUGCUUUACAAAAUCUGAAGAUCUGUGAAUUUUGAAGUAUUAGAUGUGUUCCGGUUUGUGUGUUGUUUUAGGAACUGUGAAUUGCAAAAUUUUACCUUUAAAUGUGAGCUCAGUCAAAUUCUUCCCUCAUCCCUAUGCACAGCACUGUCUCAAAAUUCCAAAUGUGCCCCCUGGAUCAUAAAGGUUGGUAACCCCUGGUUCAGAGGAUGCUCUCUGUUCAUAAGCAAUAGAUAGACACGGGACUGUUCAAUUACCAGGAUCCCAUUAUUUGUUACCAACUUGUGCCCAACUCAAAAAACUUUCACCAUCUGCAAAUAAUGAAAACAUAUAUAUAUGUUUGUGAUCUGUCAGAUCCAUAAUUAUUGCUGCUCUCUCCUACCUUUCACUUAGGAUAAAGCAAAGGCCCCCUUGCUGA